AUGGCGGCUGCUUUGGCCUUCCCAGCGCGGGAUCUGUUUGUGGCCGGCAAGUGGACGGCUCCUUGCAAGGAUGGCCGCCUGCCAGUCGUCAAUCCCUCCACGGAGGAAACUAUCGGCACAAUCCCCGCGGCGACGGCGGAGGACGUGGACGUGGCGGUGCAGGCGGCGAGGGGCGCGUUCCAGCGGAACGGCGGGGCGGACUGGCCGAAGACGACGGGCAGCUACCGCGCCCAGUUCCUCAAGGCCAUCGCCGCUCAGGUGGUGGAGCGCAAGGACGAGCUGGCGCGCAUGGAGGCCAUGGACUGCGGCAAACCCCUCGACGAGGCCGCCUGGGACAUGGACGACGUGGCGGGGUGCUUUGAGUACUACGCGGGGCUGGCGGAGCAGCUGGACGCGGAGCAGGGCGCGCCGCUGCAGCUGCCCAUGGAGCAGUUCGCAUGCCGCAUCCGCAAGGACCCCAUCGGCGUCGUGGGGCUCAUCACGCCCUGGAAUUAUCCAAUGCUCAUGGCAGCGUGGAAGGUGGCGCCAGCACUGGCAGCGGGCUGCACUGUCGUGCUCAAGCCCUCUGAACUCGCUUCGCUCACGUGUCUGGAGCUGGGCGCGAUAGCGGAGGCGGUGCAGCUGCCAGCGGGGGUGCUGAAUGUGGUCACGGGGCUGGGCGCGGAUGCAGGCGCUGCUCUCACCGCGCACAAGGGGCUUGAUAAGAUAGCGUUCACGGGCAGCAGUGCAACGGGGAAGCUCGUGCUGCGUGCCGCCGCUGAGAACCUCAUUCCGGUGACAAUGGAGCUGGGCGGCAAGAGUGCGCUCAUGGUGUUUGACGACGUCGACAUUGAUAAAGCGGUGGAGUGGGCCAUGUUUGGGUGCUUCUGGACCAACGGCCAGAUCUGCAGUGCCACCUCCCGCCUCCUGCUGCAUGAGCGCAUAGCGCCGGCAUUCCUAGCGCGCCUGGUGCAGUGGGCGCAGGCCAUUCGAAUCUCCGACCCUCUUGAGCCCGGCUGCCGCCUGGGGCCCCUCGUCAGCCAGGCUCAGUACCACAAGGUGGUGGCGUUCAUAGGAGGCGCCAAGGCGGAGGGCGCCGAGGUGCUGUGCGGGGGGAAGCGACCGCAGCACCUGGCACGAGGGUACUACCUGGAGCCCACGGUGCUGCGAGUGACACCGGGCAUGCGCGUGUGGCAGGAGGAGGUGUUUGGCCCUGUGCUCGCCGUGCACACCUUCUCCGAUGAGCAGCAAGCCAUCGCCCUCGCCAAUGACUCCAGCUAUGGGCUGGCAGCAGCCGUAAUAUCGGGCGACCAGGACAGGUGCCGCCGCGUCUCAGAGGCGAUGGAGUGUGGCAUAGUGUGGGUGAACUGCUCGCAGCCGUGCUUCUGCCAGGCGCCGUGGGGCGGCAAGAAGAGGAGCGGCUUCGGCAGGGAGCUGGGCAAGUGGGGACUGGAGAACUACCUGUCAGUGAAGCAGGUGACGCAGUACGUGUCCAGCGACCCCUGGAACUGGUACCCUGCGCCCUCCAAGCUCUGA